AAGCAAGUAAUCUGAAGUUCAUUAGCAUCAAUUUUAUUAAAUACAUGGCACUGAGCUACUACUCCAACUAUGGUUCUGCUCAAGUACUUGAUCAUCUUAACCAAGACCAAACAACCAGUGCUAUUCCUCAUCAUAAUAGUAGUAGCAUCUUUUUGCCUCAAGAAGAAGUUUCUCAAGACCUAUUUUUACCACCAGAGCUUCUCAAUUUUCAUGACAACUUUGAUACUUGCAUUGACACUUUGUUCUCUCAAAACAGCCUCUUUUAUUACCCGGAUGACAAUGUCGAUGCUUACACCGCAAUCUCUCCUGCUCCGGUGCCACUAAACGCCCUCCCACCACCACCAUCACAACAAAUAGUAGAGGUGGAGGAGCCAUACUUUGAUGAUUAUUCGAAACGUGUGAAAAUUCCAGAAAAUUAUCUUUUCUAUCCAGAAAUGACCAUACAGAGUAACUAUAACAAUAACUAUGAGAUCGGAUUUGUCCCGAAUCCUCCUUUGCUUCCGGAAUUUAUCUUGACUGAUCUCCCACUUCCAGUGCCGCCAGUUUUCAAUGAGGGUAGUCAUGACAAUCAUGUGAAGAAAGCAGCAAGUGGAGGAUCGGGAGGGAGCUUGUCACAGCAGAGUGUAGCGGCGAGGAUACGGAGGAGGAAGAUAACAGAGAAGACACAAGAGCUGGGGAAGCUUAUUCCUGGUGGACACAAGAUGAACACUGCUGAGAUGUUUCAAGCUGCUUUUAAAUAUAUCAAGCUCUUGCAAGCCCAAGUUGGAAUUCUUCAACUCAUGCAGGAAGAAAAUGAAGAGGGAAUGUAUAGUCCAGAACUUGAAGCUCUUGUGACAUCUCCACUGGUUCAAGAGAAGUUGUACUCGGCAGAGAAGUGUUUGGUUCCCACAAAUUUUGUUAAAAGCUUGAUUCGAAAACCUCAGCUCCAGUCCAAUCCUCAGCUCAUCAAGCACCUCAUUAAGCUGAUUUAAUAAGUUAAUUUAUCUUUAACUAUCUAAUUUCUUUUGUAAUCGUGCAGAUAUAGUGCUUACUGUAGGCUGUAGUUGAUUCUGAUGUCAUGGCUGUAGGUAAUUUAGUUGAAUA